AUGGCACCAUUAAUAUCCCCGCGCAGCCUCGCGCGCGACCUGUUGCUGGACCUCGCAACACAUUCGCCAUUCCACUCAGCGACGCGCCAAUCUACUCCAACCCGGCCACCAACGACCCUCACCCUCCGAUCCGUCGCCUCGCGCCUCAUCAUCCCGCGCCUGGCCACCGAUGUGACUACGGUGCCCGAGGGCUACGGCCGGACGCGCAACGGCCCAGACGCAGGCACGGUAGUGGGCAUCGUGCUGGGCUCCGUCGCGGGAUUCCUGUUGGUCCUUUGGCUCAUCUACACCCUCGUCAACCUGGGCAACCCCAAAGUGACGGUCGAAACGGCGUCGGUGGGUACGGCGUCGGUGGUAACGCGCAAGUCACGUCAUAAAAAACGCAAGAGCCACCAUUCGCACUCACACUCGCACGGGUCGCCUGUGCGGCGCGAAACAGUCGAGGUUCGGAGGGAGCGCAUUGUUGUAGACCCGCCGCCCCCGCCGCGGCCGGACCGUAUUGUUGUUGAGGAGACAACGCGGAGCAGGAGCCGGGCGCCGCCUCCGCCACCAACGCCCCCGCCGCCGAUGAGCGAAAGUGAUGACGAGGUGGUGGUCAUCGAGGAGAAUUCGCCGCCGAGGAGGCGGGAGAGCAGACAUAAGAGACGGAGCGCCGAGCGGAGGAGUGGUGGCGCGUAUCGGGAUGUGGACCCUUACUUAUAUGCUGGGGGCGAUGCGCCCAUGCGAGACGUAAGCCGUAGACGCAGUGAGUCGCGGAGGCGGUGA